AUGCAUCCAACACCCAAUUCCCUGCCCCUCCCUUCUCUUUGUCCCACGCGUGCCGACGUGCCGCACCCAUCCGCCAGUGACGACCUAUUCGUUCGCCACAAACCAUCACCACCACGUUCCAAACCAUCGCCUCUGCAGCAGCAGCAGCAGCAACAGGGGGCGGCCAACAGUGGAACAUCCCCAGUGCAACCUCCCGACCAUGGUGCCGCCACCGCACCAAGUGUUACCCCGCCCACACGCUCUCCUCCCCCAGCUUCACAAACCACCGCCCCUCCACCUGCUCCUCCUGCAUCCAUCCCUUCAGCAUCAGCCAAGCACCUCUCAAGCCCAUCCCCUGCGCCGUCUGUGGCAGCUGUGACAUCGGUGCCCUCUGCCCCUGCUGCCCCCACCCAGCGCACCACACCUGCUUCACUCGCACAGGUCAGCAGGCUGUUCCCGCUUGUCUGCUGUUCCCGCUUGUCUGCUGUUCCUGCUUGUCUGCUGUUCCUGCUUGUCUGCUGUUCCUGCUUGUCUGCUGUUCCCGCUUGUCUGCUGUUCCCGCUUGUCUGCUGUGCCCCCCUGUUCCGCCUCACUCACGCACCACGUCUAACCCCCCCCCUCCCUGCUUACCCUUCUCCCGCUCUCUCCCGUUCUCCCCUCUUCGUGCCUGACCCGUGUGUCCGCCAGUCGCCUCUCGUGCUGCCGCUGGUGCGCCAUGCAGCACAGCAGCUGCUGCAGGCGCAGAGGCAGGGCCAGUACCGGACGGCUUCCUGCCUGUGCCGUGCUGCUGUGCCGUGUUGGUGUGCCGUGUUGGUGUGCCGUGCUGCUGUGCCGUGUUGGUGUGCCGUGUUGGUGUGCCGUGUUGGUGUGCCGUGUUGGUGUGCCGUGUUGGUGUGCCGUGUUGGUGUGCCGUGUUGUCCGUACGCGGGUGAUCCACAUGGCGAUGUCUCAUUGGACGACAUAAAGGUGGAGUGUGGGCGGGCGUUGCUGCAGGCGGGAGCAGUGGACGUGGCGGCAGCAGUGGUGGCGGGGGUGUUACAGGGCGACGAGCACCAUGAGGCCGCCCUGCUGUUAUAUGGCGAUGUGCUGCUGCAGCAGCGCAAGGCACGCGCAGGCGCACACACACCUCAAGGAAACCCAGCGGAACGCUCAGAAGCGUGGGGUGCGGAGAGAGAGGUGGGCAGCGAGAGGGAAGGCGGGAGCAUGCAUGAGGAGGAGGAGGCGAUGAAGGCGUAUCUGCGCGUGCUGUUGCCGCACCCACAGCACUCCACGGCUCGUGCCAAGCUCGCCCACGUGCUGCAGCACCACGCCUCCGCGCGGCGCCUGCUGCUCUCCCAGCUGCAAGCGGGCGCAGGGGCACCUGCAGACACGGCGCGUGCACUGGUGUUCUUCGCCUCAGCGUGCAAGGACCACAGUGCGUUGGAGGCAGCGUGUGAGCUCAUGCAGGUGGCUGUGGCGCUCGCUCCUGGGAGCAGCAGUCACGUGCUGUCGCUGCUGCAUCUGCAUGAGGUCAUGCUGAAUGGCUGUGCUGCGCUGCACCUCGCGCGGUCAUACUGCCAGGCGAACCCUGGAUUUCGCAUUGGUCCCAUCACGCUUGGCUCGGUGCUGCCGUUUUUUGAAGGGCUGCCCAUCCAUCCGGGCAGCUGCAAGGAUGCUUCGCCCUGCCCGCAUGAGAGGGGCGUGCAGCUGGAAUUCCUCCGGAGGUGGGAUUGUGGGACUGCACAGGAGGGCGGUGGUGAUGUAUCGGGGGCAGGUAAUGCCGGGGUGGCCAGUAAGGGUGCAGAAAGCAAUGGGGCAGAUUGCAAGGGGGGCGGUGGGGGCGAGGAUGGGGAAGUGGCGGGCGUGGGAUCGGGAGUGACGGGAGUGGGAUUGGGAGUGGGAGGGGGAGUGGGAGUGGGAGGGAGUAACGCCAAGGAGGAGUACAACACAGAGCAGCUAGACGUACUGGCGCUGCUGAUGACGGCAGUGAAGGCGCUCUUCCUGGGAGGCGCCGUGCAGCGCGCCAAGGCGGUGGGAGCACUGGUGGAGCGAGCACGACUGGCGUCUGCGACACCCCUGCAUGAGACGCUGAUUCGCAACGAAGCGGCGUACUUUGGCUGUGCCUUCCAGCUGCUCUCACAGUACCCCAUCCCCCACUCCCUCUCCCACAACGCACCACAACCACUGUUCCUUGCUGGUGACAGCCACUGCAUGGCGGCAGCGUGGCGGGUGGUGCAGGUGAGGGGUCGGCCGCGGCUGCUGUGUCCGCUGCUGAUCACGGGGCUCAAGGCGUGGCACCUGCGCCCCGAAUCCACCUUCUUCCCCAAGGCGUCGUUCCACCGGGCCAUGCAGCGAGUGCCGGUGGGCAGCGAGGUGGUGGUGCUGUUUGGGGAGAUAGACUGCCGCGAGGGCAUCCUCAUCUCAGUGGACCGCACCAAGUACAAGGACGUGGAGGAGGGGGUGGAGGUGACAGUGGACAUAUACAUCUCCGUGCUGCUCUCGCUCAUAUCAACACGCGGCUUUGAGAUAUUCGUGCACCCCGUGCCAUCAGUCAUCCCCGACACGCGCCCUCUCGCGCGCAUCUACAAUGCCACGCUGCGCCGCCGCUGCCUGGCUGCUGCUGCCACCCCUGCCGCUGGGGGGCGCCUGCACAUGCUGGACUUCUUCAAUGCCCUGCUCACUGAUGAUCAAGAGGCGCUGCGGCGUGAGUUUGAGUUUGAUGGGACGCACAUGAGAGGCGAGGAGCACGAGGGCGGGGCGGGCGCGUUCAUGCCGUACAUCAACAAGCGCAAGCGGAAGAACGCCGGCAUCACUGUGACGUUCGACGAAAAUGCCAGGAGGGAGUUCGUGUCGGGGUUUCACAAGCGCAAGGUGGAGCGGCGGAGAGUGGCGGAGGAGAAGCAGAAGCGGAAGAAGCGGCAGAAGCACCUGCAGGAGCGCGCCGAGUGCUCACCAGAGGGCAUUGCAUCCCACCCCACCCACCACGUCUGA